GACCUUUGCAAGCAAUGAACUACAAUCCCCAGCAUGCACCGCGGUGAGCAUUGUUCAGCCUGUGGCGCUGGGAGCUUAGAGGAUGGCGGCAGGUUUGUAAAGGGUCAGCCCAGCCGGGGAUUGUUCUCCAGAGAGGUUGGAGGUUUUGAUUAGAUACUGAAAGUCAUGUACUAAAUGACUGGAGCUUUGCAAUACAGUUUACUUGAGAGAUUAGACUGCAAUCAAACUUUCCAGAUGGCCACCUCUGCAGACCUGAAAUGGGAAGAAAACUUGAUGGCACACUGGAUGUCCAAUGCCUCUCGUGCUGGAGUCAUACUAAAUCCUGCUUUCCCUAGUUCAAAAACUACUAAAGCAAUUAGUAACGACAAUGCUUCUGUGGGUCUUGGAGUUAAUUUGCUACGCAGUUCAAGCAGUACGUCUCUGAGUGAAGACUCUCUGUAUAGAGAAAAGGCCUUGGAGUCCUGUAGUCCUUGUGAAGAAAAGUUGGAUACUAGUAAAACAUUUCCUUCAACUUCAUUGGCUAAAAAGGAGCCAAUGGAAAUGGUGAAUGAUGCUCCAGCCCAGUGGGAAGCCCUGCAAACUAAUUUUGAGCGCAACCAGUUGUAUGAUCCAGAUGAAGCAUGUUACAAUGAUCUACUUCUACGAAAGCUUGAGCAGCUCAAAGGAUUGCAACAGCAGAAGCAGGAACAGCUGAAAAGGCAACAAAUGGGGCAAAUUCAAAGGCUAAUGGGCGAGCAACAGAAACUGGUUUUCAUGGCUUCUGAGCAGCAAGGGCACAUUGGCUUUACUAUAAAAGAAGAUGAUAUGAGUCAAAGAUAUGACCAACCAGCUCGUUUGUCCCCUGUGCCUUAUUUCCCACCAUGUUGGAAUGGAGACAACGCUUAUUGGGAUGAUGCCGCUCAUGUUUCUCCUCCUGCUGGACAAAGGGAUUCGCUGCGAAAGUUAAACAAUGACCAAGUAUCGAAGAGAGCCCUGUCUGUUGAUCUUCCUUGUGAGAAAAAGUCUUUAGACAUGCCUUUCAAAAUGCAGGAUGAACUGAAAGAUAGUGAACAAAAUGUCACUUCAGAAAGAAGUAGUCUGUCUCAAGAGCAAAAUCCAGGGGGAGGUGCAGAUAGUGGCAUCCGUUGUGAAAGCACUGGAAAUGUAAAGACCUCUGACAGUCUGACUGGAGGAAAGGAUUUGGAAAACCUUAAUGCUGAGGACAGGCCUAUUCCUGCAAGUAUUCAAGAGAGGAAACAGACAUUUGAACAAUUCCUAGAAGAACAGAUACGGCUGGAAGAACAACGGCUGAACCAAAAAGGAAGCUUAAAGGAUACUGGAAAAUCAGCUUUCCAGAAACCGAUUACAAAACGGCCUUUUUUAAAACGAGGUGAAGGUUUAAGUAGAUUUACCAAUGCCAAAUAUAAAGUAGCGAGACAAAAUGAAAGUGAAGUAACUCUUCAUUCUAAUGCUUCAGAAGUCAAAAUCACAGUUAAAACAGACAAGCCACCACUUCAUCGGAAAACUACCCCUAUAAUUAAAGAGCAAGCUUCUGACAACCUUGUGUCUAAAAAUGGUAACCGGAUUGCUAGAACUAGUAAAGGUUUUGCUGUUCCUUCCCGGAAAACAGCAAUGCUCAAGAAUUGUACGGGGAAAAGUAUCCUUCCAUCUAUAAGACCAAACCCCAGUGGAUGGAAAGCUGGUAAACUGAGAGAUUCCAUCAGGCCAGAAACAAAUGGUGAAAGAGAGAGGAAUAAACAGAAUAUGGAGAUUGCCCAAUUGGAUGAAAUCAGCAGCAAGUUACCUGGAGAAAAACAUCAGCAACCUGGACAGCUUACCGAUGCCCUUUCUCAUCCUGAAUGUCUUGCAGAUUGCUCUGAAAAAGACUCAGAGCUCUCCUUUGAACUUUCUUUCCAAAAGAAGUUGGAAAACUGGGAUACUGAUAAGGAACAAGAAAAAAUUGAAUUGGAUGAAUUUUUAUUUCUAGAGCAGGCUGCUGAUGAAAUUUCUUUUGCUAGCAAUUCCUCACUUAUAAUAAAGAUCUUGGAUCAAGGCCAACAGAUUUCCACAGGGCAUAGGCUGUCCUCUACUCCUGUUAAAUCGGAGUGGCAGCAGCAACAGAGGAACAUGUUGGAUAACCGAAAUGGAGAAGAUGGUGUCCCUCAUUUUAACAUUGAGAGGGACAGAGGCAAUGUUGCCAAAUCCCAGGCACCUGAAAUAAUGGACAACAGAAGUAAAACUGGUGAUAAAUCUCUUCAGACUUUUCCCAGGGCUCAGUUUCAAGGUUUUGGAAAUACUGAUUGGAAUGAAGAUGAGUCUCAAGGAAGUAGUGAUACGUCUUUUGAGUCUGAGGAAGAAUUUGAGACAACCAUAAAACCUGCAAGUAAGGAAGCUAAAAAGCUUGCUUUGAAUAACAGAGAUGCCAGUCCUGAAUUCUCAGAGCACAACGGGCUUGGUCAAGACACAAGCAAAGGUGCUAGCCCUUUACUGGAGAAAGGUUUUGGUAGUGAUCAAUCUAGUGAGUUAAUUUUGGACAAAGUUGCUGAAUCACAAACUUUAUGCUGUGCAAACCAGGAGAAGGUUGAGUUUGAUGAUGAAAGAUCAUGGUCUGACUUUGAAGAGAAUGGGAGUCAGUGUAUUCAAGAGCCAAACAAUGAGAUGGUUAUUAAAGUGCCUCUGUCCAUGGACUGUACUGCUAGGAGUGAGGCAUGCCUCCCAGAUAAAGUGAUAAAGAGGAAAACUGCCACAGGGAGGAAGGGAGACGCUGUGUCCAAGCAAAGUGUGACAGAAAGUGAGGUGACAGCUCCUCCUACGACAGAUCUGAUGAUGAAACUCUUUCCUUCUCUGAGGCCCAAACAGAAGAUAGAAGCACCACAAAGACAUGAUUCCCAGCCCAGCACAACUCGGGAAGAACUAAUUGAUACUGCUCGAUCCCAGCUCUUGAGAGAGAAGCUUGUUGAACUGGAAACAGAAAUUGAAAGGUUCAGGGCAGAAAAUGCAUCCCUCUCAAAACUUCGAGAAGAGCGUGAGACGGCUUUAGAAAACCUCAGGAAAGAAAUUGCCAGCUUUGAACAACAGAAAACAAAAGAAUUGGCUCAACUUGAAGAAUUUAAAAAAGAAGAAACAAGAAAACUGCAAAAGGAACGUAAAGUUUUUGAGAAGUAUGCACUGGCAGCUAGAGCCAUUCCAGAUAAAAGGGAACGUGAUGAGAUUAAGGCUUUGAAACAGCAGGUAGCAACCUUGCAGGAAGACUUAAAAAGAAGGGAAACAAAAUGGUCAACAACCCACAUGCGUCUAAGAGACCAGAUAGAGGCCUUAACAAGAGAUAAUAUGCAACUCCGGGAAGAGAUCAAAAUUAUGGAAAGAUUUCGUUUGGAAGCUUGGAAGAGAAAAGAAGCAUCUGCAAACAAGCGGAAAGAUGAUGGUUGUGUCCAUUCAAAGAGAGCGGAGUCUACACACAUGCCAGCUAUAUUGCAAAAAAGUCAGACACUAUCUUCAGUUCCUCAAGCAGACAAGAGCAGCAAGACAAAUGGCAGAAGCGAUUGGCCACCAGAAGGAAGACACUUUGAAAGACCUAGAUUAGCAACUGCACAUGAUGAGAGUUGCUUGGACAAUAUGGCAAUGACUUCAGAAGAUUGUUCCAAGACAUUUAUGGUAGUAAGUAAGAAUUUGCCUGAUAACAGAGUUGUUGCAUCAACAGCAGUAACCCCUGACCUUGCAGAAAACGAAGAAGAAGUAGAGAGAGAAGCCAGUCAUCCUGAUGGAAAGGUUGAAAAGAUCUUAAAAAGUGGUUGCCAGCUUAUUUUCUUCCCUAAUGGCACACGGAAAGAAGUGAGCUGUGAUGGGAAGACGACAACUGUAACCUUCUUUAAUGGGGACGUAAAACAGGUUCUGGAAGAUCAGAGUGUGAUAUAUUAUUAUGCAGAUGCCAAGACGACACACACCACCUACCCCACCGGAUUAGAAGUCCUGCAUUUUUUAAACGGACAGACAGAAAAGCAUUUUCCAGAUGGAAAGAAAGAGGUGGUAUUCCCUGACCAAACCAUUAUGAACGUGUUCCCAGAUGGGCGAGAAGAAACUAUUUUCCCUGAUGGCACCAUUGUCCGUGUUCAGCAGGAUAGAAGUAAGAUUAUAGAAUUCAACAAUGGUCAACAAGAAUUGCAUACAGCCCACUUCAAGAGACGAGAAUAUCCUGAUGGUACCAUCAAGACAGUAUAUGCCGAUGGACGCCAAGAAACAAAGUAUGCCUCUGGUCGGAUAAGAGUUAAAGAUAAGAAUGGUGAUGUUAUAAUAGACACUCUCCCAUAAAAUACUUCCAUGUUUUGUUAUGUCUUAAUAUUUUUGUUUGUAGCAUUCUUUAAUAUCCUAAUUUAUUUGUAGAACAUGUCUAAGCUCUGAAUUUUUGUACACAAGCAUUAAAUAAAAUUGUUAAUAAAUUUCUUCUUAAAAAA